CGCUCAACCCCACGCGCCAGCAGCAAAGACAUGUCGGGAGAUAUUCCCGCAGUCCUGCUUUGCGUCUACGCUAACUUUUUACUCAACGAGUUGAUCCAGUGUUCCGAGGGUCAUUCGCUUGUCGUGGACCAUACGCGCGCAAUAUUCGUGAAAGACGGUCAGCCGUUUCGUUUCGUGGCAGGCGAAAUGCACUACUUCAGAGUUCCGAGGGCAUACUGGAAGGACCGACUGUACAAGAUCAAGAUGGCCGGCCUCAACACGGUUUCCUUCUACAUCGAGUGGAGCGGACACGAGCCGGAGCCGGGAGUGCACAACUUCAACGACGACUACGAUCUGGACGCCUUCCUGAAGGAGAUCAAGGAACAAGGUCUCCUAGCCAUAGCUCGCCCGGGCCCGUACAUCUGCGGGGAGCGGGACAACGGAGGAUUGCCGUACUGGCUACUCAGAGAUCACCCCAAGAUGGCAUAUCGAAGCAGCGACAGUAACUUCGUAGCGGCAGUGGACCGGUGGUUCGCGAAGCUCCUGCCCAUGCUUGUACCCCACCUGUACCGAAACGGUGGCCCGCUCUUCGCCGUGCAAGUCGAGAAUGAGUACGGCCACUACGGCAAGUGCGACCUAAAGUAUAUGAGCCACCUGCUAACCAUCAUGGAGUCUCACAUGGGCAAGGACGUCGUCUACUACCGCACGGAUUUCCCUUUCUACUCUUACUACGCAUGUGACUGGGUGCGCGACAUUCUCGUCGCCGGUAACAUCCCGUCGCACUACGACGUGCCCUACGUGUUCGGCAUCAUGAAACGCGCCAAUCUAGAGCCGGCCCCCAUGGUCGUCAUCGAGUACUACACGGGCUGGAUGGACUUCUGGGGUUACUCGCACAACAGCAAGACGAAGGACGCCAUUAUCAACCCAUUCAAGGUCAUGAUGACCCACAACGCAUCCGUGACCUUCUACAUGUUCGUAGGUGGAACCAACUUCGGCUUCAAGUCGGCGAAAUCCAAUACUUACCCCCUCACGACCAGCUACGACUACGGAGCACCCGUCGCCGAAGACGGCGACAUAAGGUCCAUCUACUACGACAUACGGGACCUGGUGACCAAUUACCUCGGUCACGUGCCCAGCGGGGACAUGCCCCAAAACCAGACCAAGCUUAACGUGGGCGCCGUUUACCUCGGCGAACAUAUUUCCCUGGAAGAAGUGAUGGACCACUUCCGCAGCAAGGAGUGGCUCGAACAAAAGCAGUCAGUCGACCCGUUGACGUUCGAGGCAAUGAGACACGCCUAUGGCUUCCUGGUUUAUAGGACUACAGUCAACGUGGUCACCGAGGGUAGAGCCUACCUUUUCCUGACGACGCUACGCGACCGGGCUUACGUUCACGCCGGAGGCAAACAGUUCAUCUUUUACAAUCAUCUCGUCAGUAAUGGGAUGCCGAAGUUGUGGGACAAGAUUCCUGUGAAGAAAGGAGACAACCUCUCCAUUCUCGUGGAAAACAUGGGAAGGGAGUGCUAUGGUGUCCUGAACCACGACUCGAAGGGGCUCACGGAGGUAUCCCUCAAUCGAGACAUAAUCAAGAACUGGACUACUGAGGCAGUUCCCAUAAACAAGAAUCGAGACAUCACUGAACUCCUACGCAUCGUUCGACGAAAGGGAGACGGAAGCGUUCCCGGUUUCUUCCACGGGACGUUCACCCUGAAGGAAGGGCAGAAUCCUUCCGACACAUUCCUGGACCCAUCAGGAUGGAUAAAGGGCUUCGCCUUCAUCAAUGGCUUUAACCUGGGUCGCUACUGGCCUCCUACGGGACCGCAGCCUGGCCAGGAGCCGGGCCACGGUGACACCUGCUCGGUCUGGUUGAAGCAGUUCCUGGAGAACCGGUCGGGAGUCUGUGAAGAUAGCCACGGGGAUCUGCAACAGGUGUUCAGCUAG